AUGGAGACGUCGAGCCCCCCACUGGAGAGAUCCAGCCCCGAAUGGAGAAAUCGAGCCCCCGACUGGAGAAGUCGAGCCCCGGUAUGGAGAGAUCCAACCCCCGACUGGAGAGAUCCAACCCCCGACUGGAGAGAUCCAGCCCCGUAUGGAGAGAUCCAACCCCCGACUGGAGAAAUCGAGCCCCCGUAUGAAGAAGUCGAGCCCCCGUAUGGAGAAGUCGAGCCCCCGACUGGAGAGAUCCAGCCCCCGUAUGGAGAAAUCGAGCCCCCGUAUGGAGAAGUCGAGCCCCCCACUGGAGAGAUCCAGCCCCCGACUGGAGAAAUCGAGCCCCCGACUGGAGACGUCGAGCCCCCGUAUGGAGAGAUCCAACCCCCGACUGGAGAGAUCCAGCCCCCGACUGGAGAAGUCGAGCCCCCCACUGGAGAGAUCCAGCCCCCGUAUGGAGAAAUCGAGCCCCCGUAUGAAGAAGUCGAGCCCCCGUAUGGAGGAGUCGAGCCCCCGACUGGAGAGAUCCAGCCCCCGUAUGGAGAAGUCGAGCCCCCCACUGGAGAGAUCCAGCCCCCGUAUGGAGAAAUCGAGCCCCCGACUGGAGAAGUCGAGCCCCCGACUGGAGAAGUCGAGCCCCCGACUGGAGAAGUCGAGCCCCCGUAUGGAGAAGUCGAGCCCCCGUAUGGAGAAGUCGAGCCCCCGACUGGAGAAGUCGAGCCCCCGUAUGGAGCAGUCGAGCCCCCGUAUGGAGAGAUCCAACCCCCGACUGGAGAGAUCCAGCCCCCGUAUGGAGAAAUCGAGCCCCCGUAUGAAGAAGUCGAGCCCCCGUAUGGAGGAGUCGAGCCCCCGACUGGAGAAAUCGAGCCCCCGUAUGGAGAAGUCGAGCCCCCCACUGGAGAGAUGGAACCCCCCACUGGAGAAAUCGAACCCCCGACUGGAGAGAUCGAACCCCCAACCACUGGUGGCGAGGGCGAGCAAGGCGAACCUGGAGUAGACGAGAGCACUGAGGAGGGUCCGAUCGAAGAGGAGGACACCUCGACUGAGGGAAGCAAUAGUGAGAAAGAAGAAGGAGGUCCGCCGACUGCAGCAAUUGCCGGUGGUGUCGUUGGUGGUUUUCUUUUGCUCGCUGCCGCGAUCGGCGCGGGCAUGUACGCAAGUGGCGGGGGCGGCGGCGAAGCAGAAGGCGAGCAGGUCAUGUUCGAAGGCGCAGAAGAAGGUGGUGUGACUGGCGAGGCACCGGAGACGGAAACCGUUAUCGAAAUCGAAGACGACGCGUGGGCAGAUAUGGACUAG